AGGGGGGAGGGUUCUGGCCGGGGCAGGUGGCUGAGGGGGCCCAAUGGAGGCCCUGGCGGGGGCAGUGGGUGAGUAAAGUUUUUGGGGCUUUUUUGGUUUUUAAUUUUGAUUUUUUUGGUAUCAUCAGUUCUGGUACCUCACGUACUGCCCUCUGGACCUGCCCAUCCAUUGCUGAGCUGAGGAAAGUGACAGGGCCCCUGUUAUCCAGCCCAGAGGCAGCCAUGGCUGCAGAGAGCCCCGUGGAAAGUCUCUGGGAGGAAGCGCUUCAUCCCAUCUGCCUGGAGGAUUUCACAGCUCCUGUCACUCUGGAGUGUGGGCACAAUUUCUGCCAGGCCCCCCUCAGCCCUCAGUGCAGAGACACUGAGCAGCAGGGACCCCUCCGGCCCAAUUGGCAGCUGGCAAAUGUGGUGGAACUAGCCAAGCCACUGAGUUUCCAGGCAGCAGAGAGAGCAAGAUGGGAUGGGGUGUGUGGAGAGCACCAGAAGGCUCUGAAGCUGUUCUGUGAAGAGGAUCAAACUGCCAUCUGUGUGGAUUGUGACAGAUCCCAGGCUUACAUGGUGGUGCUGUUACAGGAAGCUGUUCAGGAGUACAAGGAAAAAUUGGAGGCCCAUUUGAAGACUCUGAGGGAAGAGAGAGAAAAGCUGCUAGGAAGGAAAACGACAGCAGAGGGGAAAAGCCAGGAGUAUCUGGUAGGUGCCUGUUGUUAUGAACCGGCAGGGACUGGCAGUGGGAGGGCUGUGUUAGGAGGCAGACUCCUUUAUGGCCUUCGUGAGGUUGGGCUUGUUUGUGUUUUUCCUGGAUCAUGGAUUGCUGGGUUAGAUCCAUGUGUAGACAGGCCCUGAGCUUCCAUGUCAGUGGAUCAGUUAAUGUUCAGCCCCUGUGACUUUCCCAGAAAUCCGCCACCAGGGGAAAUGAAUGUCCCUGUGAGGGGCUGUCUGCUCACUUGGUGCAUUAACAUCUUUGCUUCUUUUUCCUCCCUGGGUAUCUCUGUC